AUUUAUUAUUAUAAAAUGACAACAGUUGAGACAAGAGUCUUUGUCGUAGCUGAAUUUGCACCUCAAAAAUUAUUUUAUCACUAAUACACCAUGAAUUCCGGCGAUAACGAGGUGGUAGUCGAUUUUCCUCAUCUCAUCCGUGUUUACAAAAACGGCCGAGUUGAGCGGUUGUUCGGUUCACCGAUUGUUCCAGCGUCGCCGGAGGACCCUGACACCGGCGUCUCCUCAAAAGAUAUCGACAUUUCGCCGGAGAUCAAAGCUAGAAUUUACCUCCCAAAACUCACAAACGAUCAAAAACUCCCAAUCUUAGUCUACUAUCACGGCGGAGCAUUCUGUCUCGAAUCCGCCUUCUCUUUCCUCGACCACCGUUACCUUAACCGCAUAGUCGCCGAAUCAAAUGUCAUCGCCGUUUCAGUUGAAUACCGCCUUGCCCCGGAACACCCACUUCCGGUAGCGUACGAAGAUUCAUGGGCAGCUCUUCAAUGGGUCGGAUCCCAUGUUGAAUCAAAACCCGGGUUCGAAAAGGAACCUUGGUUAGUUAACCAUGGCGAUUUCGAGAAGGUACUAAUCGGAGGCGAUAGUGCCGGAGGUAACAUAGCUCAUAAUAUCACUCUCAGAUCUGGAUCUGAAACCCUAAAUGGUGGAAUCAAAAUCCUGGGUUCAUUACUCUGUUUUCCAUUCUUUUUAACGUCACAUGAUUUUAAAGAAGACAGUUUACCCAGUAAGAUUUGGGAGUUUGUAAACCCAUCAGCUGAAAAGGGAGUUGAUGAUCCAAACAUUAACCCCUUUGUUGAAAAAUCUCAAAGUUUAUCAACAUUAGGUUGUUCAAAGAUUAUAGUUUGUGUUGCAGAGAAAGAUGAACUGAGAAAUAUUGGGAUUAAGUAUGUUGAAGCAGUGAAGAAUAGUGAAUGGAAAGGCGAAAUUGAAUUGAUUGAUGUUGAAGGUGAAGAUCACUGCUUUCAGAUUUUUGAUACUGAAACUGAAAAAGCCAAAAAUCUGAUGAAGGGAAUGGCUAAUUUUAUCAAAAAGUGUUGUGUGUGAGUGUUCUUGGCUAUGAACAUUUUGGGAAAUGUUAAGAAGAUUAUGCUAUCCAAGUUUAUUUAUCAUAGUUACGUAACUAUCUUGUGUUAUAUUCGGAAUAAAUUAUCAUUUCGAUGAAUAUUAUAGAUACGUAUCCUUUUUAAGUAACUACAGUAUAUUAUCUAAGUUUGGAAAGUGAGGUAUCCUUUUUAAGUAACUAUAGUAUAUUAUCUAAAUUUGGAAAGUAAGGGUUGAAAUCAAC